AGUCUUCACUUCAAAUCAGCGCUGACAGCAGUAGUGCCGUUUACUCCAACCCGUGGUCACACAGAAGAACACCUCUCUACCCUCCCCUCCUGCGGUACUUUGCCUUCGAUUUUUAUUGCGAGAAGAGUUCAGCACUCUCUUCCCUCUGUGUACACACGAACUAGCGCUAUCCACUAGGCCACGAGCGGAAGCGAGAGCAAAACUCACUUUGCAAGAAAAGCUCGCUUACGCCGGGAUUCGAACCCCUGACCUGACCUCUAGAAGGUUUCGAGGAUACCAACUAGACCACCGGGGCGACCGCGGUAUGUAUGUACAUGAAUGUGCUCGUUCAGGUUCGGUCGGCCACCAAAAUGAAAGGCUGCGCGCGCAGCAGCCGUAGAAGGCAUCGAAGGUCGCGGCCGCCGGUGUUCAGCCUGGCUCUCCCCACAUGGAUUGUGAGAAUGGCUGCGGCAAUGAUGACAAUAGCCAUGGCCACUGUCAAAGCUGGAUUUGUUGAGGCAAAGGACGACGGAGGCGGUGCCCUCCCGAUUUUCGUCAUGGGUGCAGUGCCGCCUUCAACAGGGACGCAACAGCAGUCCCAGAACGGUGUUGGUUCAACCACCACGCAUGACAGGCUUCGCGGUUCCACGACGAUCCCGAGGCCUAAUCCGCUGGAGAGCGAUGAGCCCUACCCGUGGACAGGGGCGGGAGGAAGAUUCGGGCUUACUUCAGACUGGAGAGAGGCCGCCAUGAUGCCUGGUGCGGGAGGGGGGGAGGCAACGAUGAGGGGGGGUGACUGCAUGGGAGAUGCGAAACAGCGCCAAGUGCGGGAGAUCUUGGAGAGGAGAGCCAAAACUCCCGGUACUAGCAAGGUGGCGGCGUGCGUAAGAACAAAGGACUUCGGGCGCUUCCUACCCGAGUGGAUCGCGUACCACUACGCGAUAGGGGUCGACGAGAUCACGAUUUACGACGACGACAGCAAUGACGACACCGUGGAGAUUCUCCAACCCUUUGUCGACGCCGGCAUCGUUACGUACGUCCUGGAGAGGACUGGACAUUGGCAGAACCAGAUGACCCCGCUCAACCGGUGCCUGGAAGAGCACAUGGUUCGAAGGCUCAGCGACAACGAUGCUCCGAGAUGGCUUCUGUUCCACGACACGGACGAGUACAUAGUUCCCGUCGAUACAAGCGUCACGAUCGCCCAGGCUCUGGACAAGCAUAGCUCCACGUGCUGUGUACGGGUGCCGCGCGUGACAUACGGGGCAGGAGGGCACGACGAGAUGCCGCAAGGCCUGCUCCUGGAAGCAUUUCUGCAACACGCCCAUCUGCAUGAUUUCAAGAGCAACCGUCUACCCAAGCGGGCAUUGGCCGGUGAUAAAACUGUGCCUACAAGUAGUGGUGGAGGCUUGUCUCUCUUUCUGGAGAACCAGAUGCUGCAGGUCAUGGUAAACUUGGACACCACCCAACCGUUGCUGGGUCAGGCCACGUCCCGCUUGAAGAGCAUGCACAACGGACAAGGCUGCCUGUGUGACGUCAUACCCGUCGACGAGAUCCGCAUCAACCACUACCUAGGCAGCCGAGGCGACUACUUAGGAAAAACGAAGCGCUACUGGCAGGAAGUGUACAGCAGAGACAAGGUAGAGAAAUGGCUAAUGGAGAGAGACAUGAACAGCUUCAAGUCGGACACCAUCACGACCUGGGCGUGUGCAACGCGAGAGGUCCUCUCGAUCGUUCUUGAGGGCGGCGACCUGAACAAGGUACUGCCCGUCAUGGACGAAUAA